AUGCGUCUUGCAGGGCGCGAGUGGGGCCGCAAGGUGGCGCGGGACGUGCGUAGAAUGGGUGCUGGGGGGCAGCUCAUGGGCGUCUUCGCUGCGCAUGCCCCGGCCGCCCGCCUGCCGCGGCGCCGGCUGCAAUGGGUGUUCGGCAGCAGCGAGGACGAGCACGGCGUGUGCUCCGACUCAGCCGCACCACUGGCCGCCGUGGACCUCAAGUGGGCCACAAAUCCCAGCGCCUUCCUGGGGCCCGGCUGCAUCUACGCCUCGGCACCUGUGGCCCGCUUCACACGGCACAGGCGCCUGCCCCUGGUGACGGCAGGCGCCGAGGCGCACGGCUUCGACGACAAGGCAGACGUCUAUGCACUGACCACACGGGCUGGCCCCAGCCACCGCAAGCUGGGCGCCUUCGCCGUGGCCCUGCAGCGCCACUUCAACUGGACACGCCACGCCAUGCUGGUGUACUGGGACGACAAGCUGGACGACCGGCCCUGCUACUUCGCCAUCGAGGGCAUCUAUGUGCAGCUGCCCGGCUUCCACAACCUCACUGUGCUCGACAUCCCCUUCAAGGACCAGGACAAGGCCAACUACACCUUCCUUGUGCAGGAGAUCAAGAGCAAGACACGGAUCGUGUACGUCUGCUGUUCCCCGGACACCUUCCGGCAGCUGAUGCUGGAGGCGCGGCGCGAGGGGCUGACACGGGGCGACUACGUCUUCUUCUACAUUGACAUCUUUGGGGCCAGCUUGCAAGGCACCCGCUUCCCUGAGCCCCGGCAGCCCUGGCAACGCAGGGACAAGCACGAUGCCAGCGCCAGGGAGGCCUACAAGGCCGUGAUGAUCAUCACCUACAAGGAGCCCGAGAACCCCGAGUACCGGCCCUUUGUGCAGGAGCUCAAGGCUGCAGCUUGCACCCGCUUCAACUUCACCAUGGAGGACAGCCUGAUGAACUACAUCGCAGGCGCCUUCCAUGACGCCGUGCUGCUGUAUGCCCAGGCCGUGAACGAAACCCUGGAGCAAGGCGGCGAUGUGGGUAAUGCCACUGCCAUCACGCGCCAGAUGUGGAACCGCACCAUCUACGGUGUCACUGGCUUAGUGAAGAUCGAUGAGAACGGGGACCGGGAGAGCGACUACGCGCUGUGGGAUAUGGACCCUGCGUGGGGCGAGUUCCAGAUCGUGGCCAGCUAUAAUGGCACCAGCAAGAAGAUCCGUGCAGUGCCAGGCCGGCACAUCCACUGGCCUGGGAACGUGGUGCCCCCAGACGUCCCAUUCUGCGGCUUUGACAACAGCAACCCCCUGUGCCACCAAGGCAGCUUCUCCACGCUGGAGAUCCUGGCGCUCACGGUCAGCCUCAUCUUCUUGGCCAUUGCCAUCGCCUCCUUCUUCGUCUACAGGUCCCUGCGGUGGGGAGGGGCUCUGGGGGCACCUCGCAUCCGCUGGGAGGACGUGCAACUGAGUGGGCUGGAAAAGCACCUGCGCAGCGCCGGCAGCAAGCUCACGCUAUCCUUGAGAGGCUCCAACUACGGGUCCCUGAUGACAACCGAGGGGCAGUUCCAGGUCUAUGCCAAGACGGCCUACUACAAGGGCAACAUCGUGGCUGUGAAGCACCUGAACCGCAAGCGAAUCGAGCUGACGCGCAAGGUGCUGUUCGAGCUCAAGCAUAUGAGGGACGUCCAGAACGAGCACCUGACUCGCUUUGUGGGCGCCUGCACUGACCCUCCCAACAUCUGCAUCCUGACCGAGUACUGCCCCCGCGGCAGCCUCCAGGACAUCCUGGAGAAUGAGAGUAUCACUCUGGACUGGAUGUUUCGCUACUCGCUCACUAAUGACAUCGUUAAGGGGAUGCAGUUCCUGCACAAUGGCGUGAUCGUGUCCCACGGAAACCUCAAGUCAUCCAACUGCGUAGUGGACAGCCGCUUUGUGCUCAAGAUCACGGACUACGGGCUGGAGAGCUUCCGCACUGCACCCGACUCCGACGACUCCCACGGCCUCUUCGCCAAGAAGCUGUGGACGGCGCCCGAGCUGCUGCGCAUGGAGGUGCCCCCGGCCCGUGGCACGCAGAAAGGCGAUGUGUACAGCUUUGGCAUCAUCCUGCAGGAGAUCGCAUUGCGCAAUGGGGCCUUCUACAUGGAGGGGCUGGACCUCAGCCCCAAAGAGAUCAUCGAGCGGGUGAAGAGCAGCGAGUGCCCCUGCUUCCGGCCCACGGCCAGUGUGGGCUGCCAUGUGGAGGAGCUGGGGCAGCUCAUGCGGCGCUGCUGGGCCGAGGACCCACUGGAGCGCCCCGACUUCAACCAGAUCAAAGUCCUGCUGCGCAAGUUCAACCGGGAGAACAGCAGCAACAUCCUAGACAACCUGCUGUCGCGCAUGGAGCAGUAUGCCAACAACCUGGAGGAGCUGGUGGAGGAGCGGACACAGGCCUACCUGGAGGAGAAGCGCAAGGCCGAGGCUCUGCUCUACCAGAUCCUGCCCCACCCUGUGGCCGAGCAGCUGAAGCGCGGUGAGACGGUGCAAGCCGAGGCCUUCGACAGCGUCACCAUCUACUUCAGUGACAUCGUCGGCUUCACAGCGCUGUCGGCUGAGAGCACCCCCAUGCAGGUGGUGACGCUGCUGAAUGACCUGUACACCUGCUUCGAUGCCAUCAUCGACAACUUCGAUGUCUACAAGGUGGAGACAAUCGGCGAUGCCUACAUGGUGGUGUCGGGGCUGCCUGUGCGCAACGGGAAGCUGCACGCCCGCGAGGUCGCCCGCAUGUCAUUGGCGCUAUUAGACACUGUGCGCUCCUUCCGGAUCCGGCACCGCCCUGACCAACAACUCCGACUGCGCAUCGGCCUCCACACUGGGCCUGUGUGUGCGGGGGUGGUAGGCCUGAAGAUGCCACGUUACUGCCUCUUUGGGGACACGGUGAACACGGCCUCGCGCAUGGAGUCCAACGGGGAAGCCCUGAAGAUCCACCUGUCGGCGGCAACAUGCGAUGUGCUGGAGGAGUUUGGCUGCUUCCACCUGGAGCUGCGCGGAGAUGUGGAGAUGAAGGGCAAGGGCAAGGUGCGGACGUACUGGCUGCUGGGGCAGUACCUGAGCAGCACCCGGGGCUGAGCCUGCCGGGUCUAGGGGCUGCCUGGGACCCUCCAACAGGACCCCCUCCGCAACCCCAGGAUCCCGGCCUGACCCAGCGGUGAUGGGCACCCCAUGGCCUCUGCGUCCCCUCCCUGGUGCCCAGGGCCCGGAGGCUGAAUGCAGGCACCCUGGGGGAGUGCAGAGCCCCCAGCUUGGCCUGCAGCCCCGCCUGCCCCCCUCAGUGCGGAGCCUGCAACCCCUGCACCGAGCAGCGAUGGCUCAGCCCUGUCCCCGGAGCCGGAGCUGUGCACGCAGGAGGCGCGGUGCGUGGACGGAGCCGGCGGGGGGAAGCCCACCCCCGUCCCCCUGGGCGGCCACACAAGGACCUUAUCUGUAGAGCUCUAAUUUUUGUAAUAAAGCCUGUGU